AUGAAGAAGAAAUAUGAAGGUUCGGCUAGAGUGAAGCGUGCACAGCUUCAGGCUUUAAGAAGAGACUUUGAAAUGUUGAAUAUGAAGAAUGGAGAAUCAGUCACCAGUUAUUGUGCAAGAACCAUGGAGAUCAGCAACAAGAUGAGAUUCCAGAGAGAAAAGAUGAAUGAUUUCACCAUUGUGGAGAAAAUCCUGCGCUCGUUAUCGCCAAAGUUCAACUAUGUUUUUUGUUCGAUUGAAGAGUCGAAAGACAUAGAUGAACUUACUCUUGAUGAACUUCAGAGCUCUCUCAUAGUUCAUGAACAGAAGAUGAAUAACAAUAAUUCAACUAUGGAGGAACAAGCGUUGAAAGCCUCUACUACUACUUAUUCCAAUGAGGGAGGAAGAGGACGAGGCAGAGGAAGGGGAAGGGGAAGAGACCAACAAUUUGAUAAAUCAAAGGUAGAGUGUUUCCGCUGUCACAAAUUUGGUCACUAUCAAUUUGAGUGUUACACUAAGUUGCUUAACAAGAAGGAUCAAGGAGAGCAGACAAAUUUUGUGGAGGAACAUGAAGUAGAGACUUUGCUUAUGGCAGUUCAUGAACCAAAACUUCAGGAGGAGUCAGACUUUUGGUAUGUGGAUACAUGCUGCAGCAAUCACAUGUGUAAAAGCAGCAGCCGGACAGAGUUCGAUAUGAUAAUGAGCCUGAACAAGAGCCUGUAG